GUCCAGCACUGCCUCACUGCCAUGCAGAAACAACAGGACAUUUUUGAAAGCGUGUGCAGCAUCCCAAUGAUCACUUCAGCCAAAGAAGAGCAGAAAAUGAUUGCUGCAUGUCGAAAGCCAGUAGUCAAGCUUCAAAACAACCGAGGAAACAACAAAUAUUCUUAUACGAGCAAUUCUGAUGACAACCUGCUGAAGAACAUCGAGCUGUUUGACAAACUGGUGCUCAGAUUCAACAACCGGGUCCUGUUUGUGAAAGACGUCCUCGGCGAUGAGAUCUGCUGUUGGUCUUUUUACGGCGAAGGACGCAAAAUCGCAGAAGUGUGCUGUACCUCCAUCGUAUAUGCGACAGAAAAGAAGCAGACCAAGGUGGAGUUUCCUGAGGCACGGAUAUUCGAAGAAACACUCAAUAUCCUUAUCUAUGAGAACAAUCGAUCUGGUCCGGGAGGGUUCCACCUCUUAGAUUCCAGAGGCUCAGGUUCAUCGCUGGGAGCUGGCCAUUCUGAGGAAGAGGGAGCCGUGGGAGGAGACAGACGAGUGCGCCGGAUCCACGUCAGAAGGCACAUAAUGCACGAUGAACGAGGACACGGCCAGCAAACUGUGUACAAGGACUAACUGUGAUUAAAAAUGCAGCAUGGAAGGAUCAUUCAAUUUUUUUUUUAUUUUCUUUUGUAUGGUUGCGAAAGGAAAGAUGGGAUUGUCCACAGCAAUAGUUCAGUCUACUUAUUUCAUGAAAUGUCUUUAAGCACACUUGCAGGGAUCUGGUGGUUAACUGAGUAGAGAGUUUGCUAAUGUUUACAACAAAACAAUGUGCAUAAAUGUUUGUUUGUCCUUUCCAACAGAAAGUGCAUGAAGUCCACUGUGACUGAAACUGGUCGAAAUAUUAUUUCAAAUGUUAAAAAUUUAUGCAUGUCAGUGAAUGAGCCUCAAAACCCAUUUCUCCCUUAGAAGCAGGCCACCUGCCAUGUUUAUUGGUGUAAAUAGAACUGGCAGCUUUGUCCAUUUGAUAUGUAGGAAACAUUUCUCCAGGCUGUGAUGCAUCUGGUUUAUCUGUUGGAGAAAGAUGGUACUGCUGAACAGACUGACUGACAAACGUGGAGGAAUUUGAGCCUCGACUUGUUAACACUGGAAUUAGAAAAGAAAAGCCAUGUUUAUAGUAAGGUGGUCGAGCAGCUCAGUUUUCUGUGUUUAAAUUAUUAUAAAUGCUGCUUCUUGCUUCUUUUUUUAUAAUUUAUAAACUUAAUUUAUUGUUUGGUAUUUAACUUUUGUAAAUGAAAUCAUUCUUUAUUAUCUGAUGCUUGAGUGAGUUUAGAUUCUGCAGUGAUAGCGUUCACUCCAUUGCACUUAGCAGAUUUUGAACUUCCUCCUCUAGAUUAAUAUGACUUGGCUCUUGUUGAUUGUUUGAGAAAUGAGCUGUGACUUUUCUCUUCGUUGUUUUUUAUUUUUCUGAGCCAUGUUCUCUCAUUUCCAUUUCAUCUUACUCAAAAUCACUGAAUUUUUGCCUAAAUGACUUGGCCAUACAGUCGUUUUCUAAAUAUUGUUGACUUUCAUUUCAGGAGAGGCUAAGGUACUAUUUUUUUGUUUCUUAUAUUAAGCACUCUUAAAAGUAAGAAGGAAAAAAAACCUUGAAUGCGAAUAAUGUUUGUACAACUCUUUACAUUGGAACACAAUGGAAAAUGCACUAAUUGUACUUCCGUCCGUGAAAUAUUCAAAAUAAAUUGCUUUUGA